CGGCGGCACCGGCAGCACCCGCACCCCCCGCGCCGGCACCAUGGCCGAAGAUCUGGUGCUGGACACGUGGGACCUGCACUUGGAGCGCAAUGGGCGGGAGCACCGGACGGCAGACAUGGGGUGCAAGCAGCUGGUGGUGCGGCGGGGGCAGCCCUUCACCAUCACCCUGUGCUUCUCGGGCCGGGGCUACGAGGAGGGGGUGGACAAACUCGCCUUCAACGUAGACACAGGUGAGUGCCCCCACAUUUGUGCCACGAGGGAGGGCUGUGCAAGUGUAACUGCUCUCUGCCCCUGCCCCAGGGAGUCAUCCUGGAGUGCUGUGAUGCAGCAGCAGGACGGGGAGUCCCUUUCUGUCUCGCUCUGCUCCCCUCCCAGCGCCCGCAUCGGCCGCUACACCCUGACACUGGAGACCUGCACCGGGUACCAGGGCUCCAGCUUCCACAUCGGCCACUUCAUCCUGCUCUUCAACGCCUGGCACCCAGAGGACACAGUUUUCCUCCGUGACGAGAACGAGCGCCGCGAGUAUGUGCUGUCCCAGCAGGGGCUCAUCUACCAGGGCACCUGCGACUACAUCUUCUCCGUCCCCUGGAACUUUGGCCAGUUCGAGGAUGACAUUUUAUCCAUCUGCCUCAACAUGCUGGACAUAAACCCCAAACACCUGAGGGACCAGAACCGGGAUUGCUCCCGCCGCAAUGACCCCGUGUACAUCGGCAGGGUGGUGAGCGCCAUGGUAAACUGUAAUGACGAGGACCGGGGGGUGCUGGCAGGGCGGUGGCACGACCCCUACGACGAUGGGACAAACCCCAUGUCUUGGAUUGGGAGUGUGGAUAUUCUCAAGAGGUGGAAGGAUUUUGGGUGCCAGCCAGUCAAGUACGGCCAGUGCUGGGUCUUUGCUGCUGUGCAAUGUACUGUCAUGCGGUGCCUGGGAAUCCCCACCCGGGUGGUGACCAACUACAACUCAGCCCACGACACAAAUGCCAACCUGACCAUCGACCGCUACCUCAACGAGAAGGGGGGGCAGGAGCGGCAGUCCUGGGACAAGAUCUGGAACUUCCACUGCUGGGUGGAGUCCUGGAUGGCCCGUCCAGACCUGGCAGGUGACUACGACGGGUGGCAGGUGCUGGAUCCGACGCCCCAGGAGAAGAGCGAAGGAGUUUUCUGCUGCGGGCCUGCCCCCGUCAAAGCCAUCAAAGAGGGCGACAUGCAGCUGAAGUACGACAUCCCCUUCAUCUUCGCGGAGGUGAACGCCGACGUGGUGUACUGGGUGGUGCAGGGCGAUGGGAUGGAGAAGCAGAGCAUCCAGUCCUCAGUGGUGGGGAAGAACAUCAGCACCAAGAGCGUGGGAAAGGACAGCCGGGAGGACAUCACCCACAACUACAAAUAUCCGGAGGGGUCUGAGGAGGAGCGGAGGGUGUUUGCGAAGGCAGAGCAUGAGAAGAAGUCCGUCCCGGAGGAGGAUGAGGCGCUGCACCUCAAGAUCAAGGUGUCAGAGGGUGCAAACAAGGGCUGUGACUUCGAUGUCUUUGCCGUCAUCAACAACAACACGGAUGUGGAACGUGUCUGCAGUGUCAGGCUGUGUGCCCGCACCACCAGCUACAAUGGCACCACCGGGCCCCAGUGCGGCCUCACGGACUUGAUCGACAUUGACCUCGAGCCCCGGUCAGAGAAGAGGGUGCCCAUGCGCAUCCUGUACGAGGAGUACAAGGACAGCCUGACCCAGGACAACCUCAUCAAGGUGGUGGCUCUCUUGACUGAUCACCAGACCGGCGACGUCAUGGUGGCUGUCAGGGAUGUCUAUGUUGAGAAUCCGCCAAUCAAGAUCAGGAUUUUAGGAGAGCCGAUGCAGAAUCGGAAGCUGGUGGCAGAGAUCAGCAUGGUGAACCCCCUUGAAGUGCCUCUGAGCAACUGUGUGUUCGUGGUGGAGGGCUCCGGCCUCACCCAUGGGCAGCGGGUCAAGCAACUGUAAGUUUUUCCCUCUUCACCUGGCUGGAAUGUUGGGAGUGGGGUGGAUUUCUGUGC